AUGGCUGACGCGGCAUGGGCGUCCUUCUUGGGCGGAGGUGCCGCCGAACCCCCGCGGAAGAGGCGGGGCGGCGGCAGCGCCGAAGACGGGGACAAGAUCAAGGAGCUCUUGUCCAUCCUCGUGAAGCUGUGCCUCCAGACGAAGCAAGAGGUACGCAUGCUCAUGGCAGUCGUGUUCAUCUGCUUCCGGGUUGCAACGGACAGCACGGCAGCGCAGGGGGUCCGGAAGGCGUACACGAUCCACGCCGACCGCACGAAGGGCAAGAGUGGCCAUGACGAGGGCGGCCCAGACCCAUGGGCAUUCAUAGUGUUGCUGAUUGAGGCCAGCACGUCAGAGCAGAUUGAAGAAGGAGACCUUGCGAAGAUCCGGACUUUCCUCGCGGCUCACCCGCCGCCCAGUGACCCUAGAGGCGGGCCGGCAAGCGACGAGCUCCAGGAGGCCGUCCCAUGUUGCAAGUUGCAGAAGAUGUACAAUUCCAACCAGGUGAAGCUCUUCAUUCGUGUGCACCCGAAAUACGUUGAGCUAGAGAAUAUCGUGAUCAAGCACCUCCGGGGCAUGAAAUGCAAGCAGUACUUCGGCCAGGCCCCCCGGGGAGCCCUGGAGAGGAGGGCCCAGGACCUCUUCAAGGACCUCAACCUCGAUCUGGGAGAGGACGAGUAG